CACGAAUUUUGUUUUUGUAACGAACCUUUUAUAAUGAAAAUUUUUUGGUUUGAAUACAGAAUAUUUUAAAAAAAUAUUUAGAGUUUAAAAAAAAAAAAAAAAACACCGAAGAAUAAGCCUUAUAAAUGACAGUGAACCUUUUUUUUGAAAAAAGAUGAACAAAGUGCUGUACUUUUUGUAGGGUUCCCGUAUGAUUGAGAAUUCUAUGGAAAAAGAUUUCACACCGGAUUAUGACGUCGCUUCUUCGUGUAUGCUUCUGUCAUCCUGGUUAACAAAUUUAAAAAAAAUCAAUGACACUCCCUCAACCCAUUAUGAAACAAACAUAACAACAGGGAGUACGCAAUUUCGUAAAAACCCUGCAAUUCCCAAAUUUUCUCUUAUUGAACAUGAACAGAGGAUUCUUGAAGCUUUAUGUUCUUUGCUUCAUACCCAUUUUAACAUGGAAGAAUCACGCCGUUUGAUGGUGGAAUCUGCCAACACACCUGAGAGUUGGAGACCUCCUUCGUUUUAUUGGCAACUUAUGCGAACGCCUAUCACCGCUCGUACAUUUCAACAACUUUGUGAAAAAGAGCAUCGUUCCGAAUUUCUUUUAGCCUUUAAUCAGGAUUUAUUAACUAUGGAAACUUGUUACACUGCUAAUUCGGAAAUAGCUAAAACACAGAAAUUGGGACGCAUUACGAGCAAUUUCACAAUUUUUGUUCGAGUGAUUGUCGAUGUUAUACGGGAUUUUCUUUUGCAAGAUGAGCAAAAUGAAAUUGUUCCUGAGGAAACGGAAAACAUGUGUGAACUGCUAUGUCAAACGGAAAAUGCAUAUUUGUACUCACAAGCUCUUCUUCAAUAUCUUUGUUGCUGGAGGCCCGAUUUAAUGGGAUGUCGUCGUUUGUCUUACAUUUUACACCGUUAUACUCGAGAUGUCCGAAAGAGUGCGCAUGUGGCAUCUCUAAGUUGGAGAUUUACGGGUUUGGAAAAUUUCCCCACAUUACACGGAACAUUUACUACACUUCAACAUCAUGCGUCCAUGUCAGAUAACGCUACUAGUUUACCUUACAACGACAUUUGUGCUUUUUCUGAUGCCAUAACAUGUGUUUUAAAUUCUUUUUUAAAGUAUAAAACGUUAUUGUACCCACGCUAUUUUCAUCAUAACAGUACAAAAAAGAAAAGUAUGAAGCGGUUUCAACCGCACAUAAAAUCCCUUCACAUGAGGACUGAAGACACUGAUCAUGUCAUGCGGAAACGUCAGCGUUUCCUUUCUUUGCAAGAAACGGAAUCAUUGGAUGCUAAUAAUACUUCUUCAUGUUUUGAUCUCCCUUCAAAAAGAUUAAUAGUAUCAUCCUUGGAGAACUCUGUAACAUCUUUACAGUAUUUUCAUCCCUUAUGCGGUCAAAAAAACUCUUCGGAUUUCAGCUCCCACUCCCGUUUAUCCUUUGACAAAACACCUUCUCACCACACUCAACUGGACUUCAUUCUACACACAGAAUAUUCUUUGACCUCCACUGGGAAUUUUUCGAAGGACUCUUGUUCUUCAAACUGUGAUAACACUGGCAAGCAAGAGAGUGUAUUAUCACCAACCGAAUUGACUUGUGAUGAUGUAGAGCAUUCUAGUUCAUCGUUUGACCUACCUCCUGCAUCACAAACAGGAGAGGUGUGGAAGGAAGAAUAUGAUCGCCUGCGUUAUUGCGCUCAAUCAUGUCCUUUGAAUGCUGUUAGAGAUGACAUUUUACUUGAGGCUCUUUAUCGUGACUUUGUGACUCCCACAGUGCUCUAUCCUUCCAAUGUACUUGAGAAGGUGAUUGAUCUUUUUCUGAAUGUUACAACAUUGAACGCAUACGAACUAGUUACACUUCAAGAAGAAUUUUCUCAAAUUCUAAAAGCAGAAUCUCAACAAGUCAAGUCGUCAUACCGCCAGCUACCAGGCCACUGGACAAGGGAAGGUGCCUAUGAUCUUUUAGAACAUCAUUCAUUAGAUGAGCAAACACAAGAAGAAAGUUUUUGUGAAUCUGAAAUGAAACAGAUGACUUUAACAAAUGCUUUCAAAUCACGUGAUUCGUCAGAAACCAUAACCCCUACGGUUCGUGUUGGGUUAGGAAGCGCUAAAAUAGGAGGGCUUUCAUAUACUCAACAUUUAAAUAAUGCUGUUUAUUCUUCACUUAUGACUGAAAAAUUAAAAGAGACUUAUAAGGAUAGCACUUCUUCAUCGUCUUGUUCUGAUAAGGUAUCCAAAGGAACUGGAACGGGAAGUUGGAUCAAUUCAGCAUGGCAAAAAGAUACAUCUGUUGUUCCCGUUACUUUUUACAAGAAUCAAUUUGAAACAAAAAAUUGCGUUUCAUUAAAUGCAUCGCCAGAAUGUAACAGGCAAGGUCAAAGGAUAGAUGACGCAUUGUGUUGUAACCAAAACAUGAAAGACCUAAAUGAUUCUUGUAAACGGCAACAACAUAGUAUAUGUUUAUCAUCGUCAUCUUCAGUUGAUGAUUUUUUUUCUCCCAAUUUAACUCGUUUAACCUAUGAAGCGGAACCAGAAACAAAUCAUCGAAACUCCAAUGUUUAUAAGCUUGUUGUCAAUUCAACUAAACCAUCUUCAGAAUGGACAUCUACACACAAUUUAACGCAAAUAGAAAAUGCGUUACUAGGAACUUCAUCGAGUACCCUUUCACUAUCUCCCAUGAAAUCAAAAACCUCUAAUGUUCCUUCGAGUCAUCAUCCUGCUUGUUUAACGACAACUCCAUGGUCAACACAUCAUACGGAUGUAGCGGCGUCCCAAGCGCCCGUACCAACCAAUGCAACUGAAACAAUGUCAUCUGAUGAAAUUUAUCAGAAUGUUUGGGAACCCGCUUGUAGUUUGUCUUUUUAUAACUCGUCUGCACCUUUAAAAGAAAAAUCUUUAUCUUCUCAGACUGCCCACGUAACAAAUCACUGUACUUUUGAAAAUCAGUUUUUAAAAAAAAAAUAUUCCUAUUCAAAUUAUUCAACAUUAUCCUUGUGUGAUUCACGUGAAUCUCCGGAACACACGUUGGAUUCAAGUCAACAAGGAAAAAACGCAGAAUCCCCUACAUUAACAAAUACAUCUUUAUUUACUAAUACCCAAUGUGAAUCUUCUUCAACCACUCAUGAAGAAGAAAGUGUGACUAGUAAAACAUCGUUAAAGUCAUACUUACGCUACAGCUCAACACCCUUGAUGAAAAAAGAAAACCAAGGCACUGACGAAUCGGACUCCACUCUUCAAGACAAAAUUCACACUUUGGAGUCCGUGUUACGUUCAAAUAUUUAUGGCGACCCACAAGGUCAACAAAAAAUUGGAACAAUUGAUCCUUCUUUUCAACCCAAUACCCCAACGUAUUCUCGGCAACAAUUCCGUGAACUCCAUUAUCAAAUUGCUGAGUACAAACAGUCAGCACGUCAUGAUCUUUAUACCGCUUAUUCUGUGGUCCGAAAUUCCAAAUUAUCUAAAGAAGCGUGUGCUGCUCUUUUAUUUAAAUGUUCGUAUUCUUUUCUUGGAGCAACAAUUCUUUUAGCGUUUAUUCAAUAUCAAAUUUUAUUCGUUAAUGAUGGGAAGGAAGACCCUUUACUAAAUGUUUCUCCUACUGUGUUAACUCUUUUUAUUGCUAUAUCUCAACGUUACCCUAAAAAAACGAUAGUUAUUCUUUCCUUACUUCAUUCUUGUUUUCAAAAAUCUCAUGUUUAUUAUAAUCAUACGGGUUCUAUAUCGUGGUCUAAUACAUCAAGUUAUCCUUCACGUGAGAAGAAGUACAACAAUAAGCCUACCGUUCAAUCCCUUCCUCAUACUGACAUCCAUCUUCAAAAAAUAAAAAAGGAUUGUUUUGAUUUUCUCAUGUUUCUUUUAUGUACAGGAUAUUAUAAUGGAGUGUUUAAUUUUUUACGUCUUCACAUGCUUUAUGUAGAUACAUGCUUAUUACGGAAUCAGCUUGAUACCAUCUUCACAUGUUGUCAACCUCCUUAUACUUUACCGUUUAUAGAUUCCUUUGUUCUUUUUCUUCAUGAACUCAUUUAUACUCAAAAAUUUUUAGACAUGGACCAACCAGUGAAUGGAGCUUUGCGCCAGAGUAUUCAAAAAUUUUUUAAAGAGACAGCUAACACUCUCCAAUCUCAUCCAACUUGUUAUGACAUUCUUUUAAAAAUCAAAAAUAUUAACAAGAUUCUUCUCUUGUCUAUUGCGGAACAACCGUAGUGAUCUCUUAUUUAAUUUUCACAGAAAUCUUAUCAAAGUUUUGUAAACGAGUUUGGUCGAGAUGUUUUCCGUAUUUGAGUAGUCUUAUUAAUAACGUUAUGAAAAACACCUACAAAAUAAUUAAUUCGUAUCAAGUCAACACUUAUAUUUUAUAGCA